AUGGAAGUAGGUGGCACGGGGGCGGCGGAGGCCCGGGAGAUCCCCAAACUCCCUUCAUCGAUUCCGUUCGGUUUCCAGCUUUGGACGGUGAGCGUGAUGCUGUGGAGUCUGGCGCUGGGCAAGGUCCCGGGGAACGCGCCGUACGACCUGGAGGCGGCCGCGUCCCUCCGACCCUACCAGUUCGGCUACCAGAUCAACGACGACACGGCCGGGGUCUACAGCGGGCACAAGCAGGAACGCGACGGGUCGGGGAUCACGCGGGGGCAGUACAGUUACAUCGACCCGGCGGGGACCCGGCGGACGGUGACGUACACGGCCGACCCCGUGAACGGGUACCAGGCGGACGUGCAGGAGCAGCCGGCGGCGGGGCCGCCCACGGAUCCGAUCGCGGCCAACACCGUCAAUCGACCCGGGUCGCAGUUCUCGUACCAGAGAAUUUUCCCUCUGGUGAACCCGUUCCUGUUCCAGGGAUACCAGGGAUACCCGGGAUACCAGGGAUACCAGGGAUACCAGGGAUUCUCGCCGUUCAACUUCUACAACUUCAAUGGUCUGCAGCCGUACAACUUCUACAACCCGUUCCAAUACAACCAGCCCUUCUACUACUGAAGACCUUCGCGCAUCCCAUUAUUAUUAUUGUAAUUGUGUUUCCUGGAGAAAGA